UAGCCUGCGUGUGACUAAUCAAACUCGCCGCUGAAAUUGCACCGAGCAGUUCACCUGGGAGACCGACAGCGCUGUGUGACACACAGACCCAAAUACAUAUUGGGUACUUUCUGCAACAGCUUCGCUCGAAGGAAUGUGGUGUUAGCUGCAAAGAGGCAAACAAGCUUUGUGACCGUUCACUUUUGAAACGGCAAGAACACUUAAGCCAUCAAAGAGCACGGUUUGUAAUAAGCACCAAUUAAACUUAAAAAGGAAACAUGGCGACGGGUGGAUUUAGAUCAAAUGCAACAACGGACUUUCUGGAAGAGUGGAAAGCUAAACGAGAGAAAAUGAGAGCAAAAAUGCUCGGGGAUAUUGCUGCAUCUACCGGUGGGUGCAACAUUACGGCUUCUGUCCCUUCCUCUCUUGGGACCAACAACAAAAAUGAAAUUCGUAAUGCGCCUCAAAGCACCGAAUUAAACAACAACGGCAACCCGGGCUCAUCGUCCGUUAAUUGCGUGUCAUCCUAUCCCGUAGUGCGGUCAUCCUCUUCCACUGCCCUCAGGAGGCCGGAGGAUGACCCGCACCAGACACCGGUGCGCGGAUCCGAUCCCCCCGGAGGUAACCUGAAGAAGACGCUGCAGCCCGAGAAGGUGCCCAGCACCCCGCAACCGGAGCCCGGCGGGAACGUGUGCAACGAGAGCGACAAGGACAGCCCUUCUCCGGGAUCGGGGUCUGCCAAGAGCAAGGAAAAGAAGAGCUCUGGUCCCAGCGCCAGGAAAGGUAAAGGACAGAUAGAGAAGAGAAAGCUCAGAGAGAAGCGGAGAUCAACAGGUGUUGUCAGUAUACCAUCCAACGAGAGCCUGGACGAGCUUGACGAUGAUGAUGGCGGUGAUAAGGAGAGGAAGAGGGAGGAGGCCCUCACGCAGCACAACACGGUCCAGAACGAGGCUAUGACCUCUGACCCCAGCGCAGCCCACUUGUUACAGGACACACCAAGAGCCCCGUCAGGAAGGUACAAAAGCGUGGCAGCUCCAGGCUCGGAGGAGGAGGCGGGGGGGAGCAGCAGGCACCGCCAGGGGUACGGCCGACACGGAAGGGAUGCCCCCGCCUCGAGCAUGGGCAACCUGGAGAGGAGGAUGGAGGAGCUGGAAAAGGAACUUGCCAGGGAGAGGCAGGAGAACACUCGGCUACUGAAAGCCCAUCAGGACAAAGACGAGCUGAUCAUGAAGCUGAAGGAAGAAAUCGACUUGCUAAACAGGGACCUUGAUGACAUCGAGGACGAGAACGAGCAGUUGAAACAGGAGAAUAAAACGCUGCUCAAAGUGGUUGGCCAGCUCACCAGGUAGAGCCACGCCCGCCCGAAGACAUUAAAAACCCUCCCAAUGAAGUGACCUGAGGAGUCCCCCCCCACCCCCACCCCCAGAGGAGUGCCCGC